CAGGGAUCCUUAUUUACUGCUCUGGAGGCUCCACUUGAGGUAGGUUUUAAGUGUUUACUGGGUGGUGGGUGGUGUGGGUGGUGCCGCCCGUUGGGUGGUGUCGCCUGUUGGGUGGUGCCGCCCACACCUCACACAGGUGUGUCUGCCGCCCUGUCACCUGUGUUGAUGCCGGUGUGGAGCUUUGGAUCCCAGGAAGUGGAGCUCUGCUCUCUGAUGAGCAUCAUCAACAUGCCUAGUGCUCAUCUCAGCUUACGGGAGGAGGAUGUAGUGCGACUUACACUAGAGUUACUUCCCAACCGCUUCUUUUGCAUUAUCUCACAGUUAAAUGUGUGAGAGAGAAACAGCAUCAUCAAUGGCAACCACUCGGAUGAUGCACUUUUUCUACGUCAACUUAUUCUCGAUGGCCAGUGGUAUGAUGUCCUCGAAUUUGUGCAGCCGUUAGAGGCUAUCGAUGCAUUUGAGACUAAGAAGUUCCACUUCAUUGUGCUCAAGUACAAGUAUUAUGAACUGUUGUGUAUCAAAGCAGAAGCCCCAGCUAACCCAAGCAAAGAGGGUGCUGUUGAUGAACUAGUCAAGGUUUUGAAUGAGUUGGAAAAAUAUGCUCCCAAUAAAGAAGCUUACUCACAGCUGUGUUUGUACUUAACACUUCCUCGACUACACGAACAUGCUGACUUACGAGACUGGAACCCCAGUAGUGCUCGGGUUCAAUGUUGGACUCAGGUGUUUCCUCUGGUGGAAAAGUUCUUGCCAGCCGAGCAUCGUGGAGGACUUGCUGGUGCAAUGGAAGGUGUUGGCAUGGCCAGAAAUGAUCGUCUUGUUCAGUUAAUCAUCAAAGGUCUUCUAUAUGAGUCAUGUGUCGACUACUGCCAGAAUCAGGCCACUGGAGAGGGCAACGGUUCUGGCACGCUCAAAUUUCCUUCACUCCUUGCCGCCACAACAUUCAGUGAUUCUGAUCUCUCAUUACUUUCGUGGCUACAAAGUAUACCCCCAGAAACAUUUGCAUGCCCAUUUGAACAAAAAACUCUUAAUGUUGAUGUUGAGCGUCUAGAAAAGCCUCCUCUUGAGGCUUCUUGGACGGAGCAUCUCUUAGUAACACCCUUUAAACCCAGAACUUUCCCACACUCUGCCAUGCCCUACAGUCGACCAAGAGCUACAGAUAUAAUGUCCCGUUCACUAAAUCCUAACCUUGAUGGACUUCCAUUUGGCCUUGGGUCAAACAGAAGUUCUAUGGCACUUUCAACUGGUGAUAUCAACCUCAUGUCUAAGAGCAUUGCGAGCUUCCAUCUCACAGGAAAAAAGACUAUGAAUACAUCCGUUGACAGAUUAUUUGACACGGAAAAUGUAUUUACCAGUAGUUCAUAUGGAGAUCUUCCCACUAUAAUUGAGAAAGUUGCCCUUCCUAAACCACCACCAAGACGGGCACGAUCGCGUAGCCCAGACAAGCGACAGUCGACAGAUUCCCUCAACAAGCCAGCCCUAUCUGACAAAAUUGAGAAGGAAAUCCGUGAAGAAAAGCCAGGUUCUCCACCAGCUCUUCCUCCUAAAUCGUCGCCGACACCACCUCAGCUUCCACCUUCCAAUCAUGUGCAGUCCAACAUGCCACCACCAUACCAACACCAACUGCCAGCCCAGCACCAUCCUCAUCCGAAACAGAAUGUUCCCCUUCCUCCUGUUCCUGAUGGGAAAUCUGCUCUCUCACAUCCUCAACAAAAUCAGCAUUCUCAGCAGCCACCUCCGCCUCCCUACGAUGAUAACUGCAAUGCCAACAACGAUCGGGAGACGGGAGAACUCUAUAGCAUAUACCAGCGGAGACAACAGAUGAUGGGACAGCAACAACAGCAACACAUGUAUGAUCAUUAUGGAAACAAUAACCAGAUGAUGAUGAAUAUGGGUCCCAUGCAUCAUGCCAACAUGAACAUGACCAGAAGUGUGAGAUGCAAAAAAUUGCAUAGGGGCUACUACGGCUGGAUGGUGCCAGGUGGGAUUCCACCUCCCUUGGGAGCUCCCAAUGAGACUGUCAGCCCAGCAACGCAUCCACCUCCAUUCCUCCGGCCGUAUGACUCUGUCAAGGCUGCUUCAAGCUACUCUGAGGCUGCUUCAAGCUACUUUGAGGCUGCUUCAAGCUACUUUGAGGCUGCUUCAAGCUACUCUGAGACUGCUUCAAGCUACUUUGAGGCUGCUUCAAGCUACUCUGAGGCUGCUUCAAGCUACUUUGAGGCUGCUUCAAGCUACUCUGAGGCUGCUUCAAGCUACUUUGAGGCUGCUUCAAGCUACUUUGAGGUUGCUUCAAGCUACUUUGAGGCUGUUUCAAGUUACUCUGAGGCUACUUCAAGCUACUUUGAGGUGCUUCAAGCUACUCUGAGGCUACUUCAAGCUACUCUGAGGCUGCUUCAAGCUACUCUGAGGCUGCUUCAAGCUACUCUGAGGCUGCUUCAAUCUACUCUGAGGCUGCUUCAAUCUACUCUGAGGCUGCUUCAAGCUACUCUGAGGCUGCUUCAAGCUACUCUGAGGCUGCUUCAAGCUACUCUGAGGCUGCUUCAAGCUACUCUGAGGCUGCUUCAAGCUACUCUGAGGCUGCUUCAAGCUACUCUGAGGCUGCUUCAAGCUACUCUGGGUCUAAAACCAACAAAAUCAUCCCUAUUUUGCUAUUAG